UUCCUUUAGGAAACUCGAGUUUUCGGAAAAUUUAAGUUAUGCAUUGGUCUCCAAUCCUUCUCUUUUCCCAUUGACGCCUUUUGUUAUUGAAUAUUACAAUUAUUUACACCGCUUCUCUCCUUCCACUCGUCUUUCAGCCCAGCAAUACAUAUAAUUUAUACAACUGCAGCAGCGACGACGACGCGUAAUGAGCCAUGUUGUAGACAGGCCUGUCAGCCAUGUCAUUGACAGUAGUAGCGCUUCUAUUGCAACCCCGCACCAUCAUCAUCUGGAUCUGCAACGUUUCAGUCUGGACAUUGAUCAAGCAUUUGAGACUGUCGAAUGUCGUCCACGGCGGGACAUGGAUCACUCCGCUAAUCAAUGGUUUUACGAUGAGUUCUCCGGAAUGUAUCGUCAUAAAGCCCCACCGGGCCAUCCGGCCAUCCUCCAAUCGUCAUCAUCCGCAUCAUCAUCUCCUCUGCAACAAUCACAGCAAAAAUUUCGAAUAAUACGAACACCAUCCGUGCAUCAUCAAAAUCAUCAACAGCAUUAUAUUCAUCAUCAUAGACAAUCGACAGCAACGCCAUCUUCUCCUCCUAGUAACAACAAUCAAUCCGGACCGUUGUCAUGGCAACGGAUCCUAGCGAACGGGCCACCAUAUCCACCACCCGAGUCGGUAGAGCAGAUUUAUAGCUGGCGAGACGAAAGCCGGCGCCGGCCUCAAUGGAUGCUUUGCUUAGCGUGUCAUCUGAUGGACGUCCGGUUGCCACCAUUAGAACAAAACCAGCCAGAGCAGCCUGCAUCAAAACAACAACAGCAGUUACGCCAAGUUGCUGCACACGAAGCAUAUCGAUUAUUAAAGCGAUUGACGCAAUACCGAGGGUCGUUGUGCGGUGAGGCACAUUACUUACUUGCCAAUUGCCACGGGUUUGGUUAUUUUAAUGGUUCUCGGAAUCCAGAUCAAGCCUAUAUCAUGUAUACCCAAGCAUCCAAACAAAACCACGGCGAAGCGACCUAUCGUACCGCUGUCUGUCUUGAAUUAGGUUUGGGUACUCAUCAAGAUCUACAACGUGCUUUUGUCUUUUAUCGUAAAGCAGCACAUUUGGGCCAUCCAGCCAGCAUGUACAAACUCGGCAUGAUCUUGUUCCAAGGUCAACUUGGGCAGUCCGUCCAUAAACGUGAAGCAAUUAGCUGGUUACAACGUGCAGCAGAAACCAGUGCUAUACCGCUCGCACAGCAUACCUUGGCCAUGAUCCAACUCAAAGGAGGCGAGAAUAUUAACACCAGUAACGACAUUAGUAAAAAUCACAACACCAUUAAGAAAAAUAAGACGACGGAUCGUCUGAGUAACAACAACACCACCACGAGCAAUAACGACACCGGGUUAAUUAUCGAAGACUAUCCGUACGCCAUUGAAUUAUUAUACGACGCGGCGCAAGAAGGGUUCGCUCUGAGCCAGUUUAAAUUAGCGGAAUGUUUUGAACACGGUUUGUUUGUCCACCCGGACAUGGAUCUAGCUCUCUACUGGUAUACCAAAGCCGCAGAGUCGGGCAAUGCGGAAGCAGCAUUAGCGCUUUCUGGCUUCCAUUUGACCGGGUUUGGCGCACUAGAACAGUCGGACCGUCAAGCUUAUCUCUGGGCCCGCAAAGCUGUCACGAUGGCAGCAGUCAUCUAUCAUCAAUAUGGUGCGGAUCGUUGGACAUUAGCCAAAGCGUAUUUUAUGGUCGGAUACUAUACUGAGCAAGGCAUUGGAUUGUUGGGUGAUAACGGGAAAGACGAUGAUGAUGAUGAUGAUGAUCAAAAGAUGGAUGAGGAAAAGAAUGGUGGCGAUGAUGAUAAGAACGAGGAUGCUUUGGUUUGGUACAAAAGGGCCUCUGACUUAGGCCACGCUGCUGCAUUUAAACGUAUGGCAUCAUCAGCUUCUUCAAAUGUAGCAGCAGGAGGAGCCGUCGCUGUCGCCACUGGUGCAAUCAAUAACAAGAGCGAUAUAGUAGCGAAACCUUUAAACUUUGUUAAUGAUAAUAGAUGCAUUAUCAUGUAAAUUAUUCUCAUGUUUUCGAACCUAAUGAUAAUGAUAGCAACAGGCUUCUACUUGUGUAUACCCGAUCGAAAAAAGACGUCAUAUAUCUAUUCUUUCCUUUCCUUUAUCAUCUUCGAUACUUUUAUAGGUCCGAACAUGUAGAUAUUUUGAUAAGCUUGUCGUUAAUGUUGUCAUCAACGUCCACUUUCCUUCAAGGGUGGUCGAUUUAAACGUAAAAAACAGAAAGGAAGAGUCGGAACCAUUCGGAAAUGGUCGGAUUUGCUUUCGGCCUAUUCAUCGCUUGUGUGCGAUCUGUUCAUCCAAUCUCCACCUUCCCGAUCCAUCGCUAUCUCCCAC